AUGAAAGAGGAAAGCAUGUGCCCGGACUCCCCUGAAGGCAGCCUGGUCACCAGCGAGGAGGAAGGCGAGCGCGAGGAGGAGGGGGAGCGGCUGCACAAGAAAUGCCUCCGCAAGCGUGGCCAGGGGGGCAAGCCGACAGAGGACUGUGGUGCCCCCUCGCCACAGGGCAAGCGGAGCAAGCGCAGCCCCGUCCCGCAGUCCUUCGAGGACGUGCACACGCAGCGUGUGAUCGCCAACGUGCGGGAACGCCAGCGGACCCAGUCGCUCAACGACGCCUUCGCGGAGCUGCGGAAGAUCAUCCCGACGCUGCCCUCGGACAAGCUGAGCAAGAUCCAAACCCUCAAACUGGCCGCCCGCUACAUAGACUUCUUGUACCAGGUCCUGCAGAGCGAUGAGCUGGACCACAAGAUCACCAGCUGCAACUACCUGGCCCACGAGAGGCUCAGCUACGCCUUCUCCGUCUGGAGGAUGGAAGGGGCUUGGUCCAUGUCCGCGUCCCACUGA